UGUAAAUAUAUCUGUGAAUGUCUGUGAAAAUUACAACACAGGCAAAAAAUGAAUAAGAAAGUGACUUCAAUGUAAAUUAAGGAACCAUCUUUAUAGGAGAGAGGGCUUCCCCUUGAUUUAUGGGUUCUGAAGCUCAGUACAGAUUUACUGCAAUGCCUCUUUGAUAGACAAGUGACCUUCUGGUAGUCAGCCAGUCACAUCUUCAGCUAUGCCUUUGUUAUAUGAACUUCAGUUCAGCCUCAGGACUGGGGCCAGGAGGACACUACUAUCAGUUCUAUUGGCCUCUCAGUAUAGCCCACCUAGAUUGUAAAUUCCAGCUCAUUCCCAUAUGUAGGUUUCAUAUCAUAGCCAGACCGGGCCUGUGAGGCCAUUAUCAGCAGAAAUUUGUCCCCUGUGGUCAGAGAUCAGGUCAUCUUCCCCUCACUCCGGUGUUUUAUUCCAAGGACCCACGUGGCGCUGUUCCCCUGUGUUUCCUGCCAACCCUUUUCUCCUCAGUUUAAUCCACACACCCACUGCGACCCAGAUCUUUAAAUUCAGCAAUUCUUUCUCAGGUUUCAGCAAGUCAUUGGCAGCCGGGGCUAUUUUUGGGACAUUUUUCUCUCUUGCUCUCACUCUCUCUCUCCGACUGUAGUGCAGAUGCAGCUCAGGGAAACGCAGGGAGCAUGAUAAGAACCCGCAGUUAUAUGCAUUGUGGAAUCCUCUCUUUCCUACUGAUUUCCCUCUUCCCCUCCUCUGAUCGCUCCACGAACCGUCUCUCCCUUCCACCUUCAGCCAGGGAAGCCUCUAUAUCGGGAUCUCAGGCUUCAUCGCACGGAUUGGUAGACAGCUGCAGCACGGGGCUACACGACUGUCAAUCAUCCAGCUGCACGAGGUGGGGGCCACACUGACACGUCCUCCGUCCUGCCAAUCAAGCGGCUCCAGAAGGCAGUGGGCGGAGCAACCAUCCGUGUGACUGACAGCAGUGGGCGGAGCUACGAAGUCCGGGCGUUUCGACGUCACCACGCACAGGAGGAGGACGCCCGGAGCAUGGGUCGGAAGCGGUGCGUGGGAGACUGUUCCAAGAUGGCGGCGGGCUGCUGCGGGGUGAAGAAGCAGAAACUGUCCAGCUCACCGCCGUCUGGCUCAGGGGGUCCGGGCGGUCCCCACUGCAGCGGGGAGAGCCAGUGCCGCGGGGCGGAGCUGGGGCUCGGAGGCUCCGGGAGCGGGCCUGGUGGAAGCAGCCGGAUGAACGGCCUGGCUUGUGGUAAUAGCCUAUCACCUGGCUGCGGGACUCUCUCUCCGGGCUGUGGCUCCAGUCUAAGCCCCGGAUCCCGGAAGAUGGUGGUCUCGGCGGAGAUGUGCUGCUUCUGCUUCGAUGUUCUGUAUUGCCAUCUGUACGGGUACCAGCCGCCCCGCACACCACGCUUCACCAAUGACCCAUACCCACUGUUUGUAACAUGGAAGAUUGGACGGGACAAAAGGCUGCGUGGAUGCAUAGGAACCUUUUCUGCCAUGAACCUGCAUUCUGGUCUCAGGGAGUACACACUUACCAGUGCCCUUAAAGAUAGCCGUUUUCCCCCAAUGACGAGGGAUGAGCUGCCACGGCUAUUCUGCUCAGUGUCUCUGCUUACAAAUUUUGAAGAUGUAUGUGAUUACUUGGACUGGGAGGUGGGUGUACAUGGCAUUAGAAUAGAAUUCAUCAAUGAAAAAGGAUCCAAAAGAACCGCCACGUACUUACCGGAGGUUGCAAAGGAGCAAGGUUGGGACCACAUACAAACUAUUGAUUCCUUAUUGAGGAAAGGUGGAUACAAGGCUGCAAUCAGUAAUGACUUCAGGAAAACUAUAAAACUGACCAGAUACCGUAGCGAGAAGAUGACAAUGAGCUAUGCUGAAUACCUAUCCCACCGUCAGCACCACCACUUUCAAAAUGGCAUCGGGCACCCCCUCCCACCAUACAACCAUUAUUCCUGACACUGAGCCGCAUGACCAGUCACUAGACCUCUCAGCAGAACUCUUCCCAGGGGACCCAGCUCCCUCUUGGUCUAGCUAUCUCUAUUACUGUACAAUUUUAUGAUGAUUGUUUCCGUUGUCCUGUUUAGACUUUGCUUUUCAUGGCAGCGCUAACCAGGGCAACGGGUGGGAAGACAUAUUAAGUACCCACAAUUUUUUUCCUAUUUUUUAUUAGAAUUGUUUUGAGCUACUGAGUUUUUUUGCAGCAUAUACAUAUAUUUUCUUUUACAUUUACAUUUUACAGUUUGUGUUUUGCUAACCUAUAUCCCUAUUAAUCAGGGUUUCUCAAUGAAUGUGGAUGGAAGGACAUGUUAAAUAAUGAAGGAUCUGUGAUUGGCAUAAGAAUAGGAGUUCUAUGUGCGCUUAGCUAGUUAGUGUCUGGUACAUAUCAGUAUGUUUGCGGUUUCUUUCUAUUUUAUGAUCAGUGCAACCCUUUUCAGACUCUGCUAUUGUUGCUUCACAAGUCUUGUGUUUUCUAGGGAAGAAUUAGGUUUUCCAAAUCUCAUUUCUUCUUAAGGUUGUACGUUUGUCUGGUUGCUCAGAAUGAAAUUGAUACUGUUGUCUCUUCCCAUUUCCGUGUUUGGCUGUGACCUUUUGGCUGAGGUGUUUACAGAUAAUGGCAGCACAAGACAUAGAGGCAUUUGAUGGAAACGCUAUACCUGUAUUGGUCAAAUGUUUUAAACCCUACCUCAGAAUCGCCUUGCAGUGUUAGAUAAAAUGCAUUUACAUGAUUAACUUUGUUUGGUGAACCAAAUUGUUUUGCUAUUGCUUUAAUGCACAAUGUUCUACCUAUCUGGUGUGAGUUCCAUCAUCUGUCACAUCCCAAGUAUGCAUUUCUGUCUUAAAAUUGUGAUAAAUGCCAAGGGAGGGUUCCAUGCUACUGAAACCAUCUGUCAUUGCUAAAUUGUGUUGAUGGCUAUUUUUGAAACUAUUCAGACUUGCCUGAUUAUGGUAACAGUGGGCUGUGUCUAGAUGAAAGGCGACAAGUGGAAAGUCUUAGUUGUUGUAAUAUGACUACCAUUGAGCUGCAGUCUUGUCAGGCUUCCUGCUACUGGUCCGAUGUGUGGCCGCCCUGGAAAUUACUUUUCAUGUUGGAGGGGGGGUAAGCAGAGUGUUGGCUCAUUGGAAUUUUUUUUUUUCACUGCUCAAGUGCCAUUAGCCUUAUCAUAGCUUUACAAUUCUCUCGGGCACAGAGUUGGUAGACUUUGUCUUAACAGUGAGCGCUAUUUCUGGUAGGCUGAUGUGAAGCAAAGCUCAGUUGGACAUUUUUAAAAGUAGAAUUUGCAUGCUGAAAGUAUUUGGUAAAGAGCAUUGUAAAAUAGUGACAUUAAAGCCAGGUAUUGCUGCUCACAAUAGGAGGCUUCUAGAUUUGCUUUUCUGUUCUAGUGGCCAGAGAGGCUUAUACCAAGACAGCAUUAUAAGCAGCUCUGGCCACAAUGGUGGUUUACUCUUCAGCAGUUCCUUCAUCCACAUGAUUUGCUCAGAAAUUGGUCAUCCUCACUGCUGCUAACCCCAGCAGCAGGAAUCAGUCCCCCUGUUUGGAUGCCUUAAAUUCACUUGCUGCCAGCACAUACUGCAGAGGAGAUAUUUUGGUGUCUGGGCGGCUUCCAAAGUUUGUCAGACCAAUACAUUGUAGGUUCUCCUGGCUACAGGAGAUACCAGGGAUGUAAUUUUUUUUUUUUCAUUUCUCAGUUCCCCCACAUACUCAGGUGCACGGAGUACAGAUGUUAAUUUUUAUUUUCGAUCAUGUGACAUUGAGGGGAGUUAUAUAGUGGUCCUUCCCAAACAGAGGCUUCUACCCAUCUCCCCUCAUCUUAAGUCCUUGAUUUUACACCCACUGAACAAAGUGAGCACAAGUGAAAUCAUGAUUAUUGCUGCAAAAAAUCUGUUCUUUUUACCAGUCCUGGCACAGCAAAACUUUUAGAUUUUGUUGGCGCAGGUUGCAACAUUCUUUCAUGAAUGAGCUUUAGAAUUUCCUUUAUAUUUUUAAACUCUAUGUAUUUAAAGGUGCUAAUCAUCCUUGCACAAGGUCCCGUGACUGGUCAUGCCAACUCUACGAUCAUAUCAGAUUUUUACUAAUUCUCGAUAUAUGCAGAUGUUCAGAUGUUUCUUACUUGUGUAAUAAUGAGAUAUUGAUGAAAUGCCAAUCCUGCAGGUUUUGAUAGUACAAGGUCAGCAAUACUUCCCAGCAUGGCUUAGGGGAGAUGGAAAAACCACAAAAAGGAUUGUUUGUGUGUCCUUUUGUAUACAGCUAAGUGCAAAAAUGCAUCUGUCUCUUAGUAGCUGUUAAUUAUCUUUAAAAAAAAAAAGUCUAAAGAUUGUUAUACAACUGGGAUGGUGUAUUACAUUUUUUUGCAGCCAGAUUUAACGCUUUAAAUCCCAAGUACCCCAGAGGUGACUGCCAUUAUUCUUAAUAUUUCCCAUUCCUGCAUUUGCAAAGCCCAAGCAGGGGCCCACACAGCUGAGAUCUAUAAUGCUGUUUGUGAUUGGUGGUCAUCUGUCUAACAAAUUCAUGGCUCUGCAGGUGUACACCUGCUGUGAAGGAAAAUCAGGAUACAGCUAUCAAGCAUGAGGGCUUAGUCCCAGCAGUCCCCUUCUUGGCCAACUGUGAGUGAUUUGGUGAAAAGGGAUAUAUCAGGAACUUGCAGUCACAUCUGAGUGUUUGGAAUGGGGCUUUAAAGCGUUCUCUUUUCAUUCCUGAUGAACUAUAGUUUACAAGAUGAACUGCAAUCCAGCGUUAAUGACUUUCUCAGCCAAUAAAAUCCGUUACCUGGACCCGAUGUAGCACCUCAAUAAUGCACAUAACUGACAUUCAUAGGAAUAAUCUCAAUAGCGUUUAUACCAUUGCUCCACAUUAGUCCAUGUAAACAUGUAGAAGCAUACAUUGUGGUGUUUUCCUUUAAACGCAUUUCAAACCCGAAAAUCCAGCUAUGCAAUUACUCUCCGCUAAAACCUUUUCUUUUAAUUUUGGUUUUAUGUAUGUCCUUUCUGUAUUACACAACAUUUUAUGUUUAUUUUCCUUUUUUUAUUUAAUGUGAAUAGACCCACCAAACCUUCAAAUUUUUAGAAGCCCACUUUGAACCAUUUAGCUGGAAUACUUUAGUUUUCAUAUUUUAAUCUAAUCUUGCAGAAUGUAUGCAUUUUAAUCCCUUGACCGAGACAUUAAACUCAUCUGUUUGUAACCGUUCAGUGCCGAGUGGUCCUGUUGCUGCCACCUUUGUCUUGCUGCUUGCCUAUUAUAGAAGAUUUCAGUUUCUGGUUGGAGAAGGCUUCUUUCUCUUCCGGACAGGCACCAUUUUGAAUUGGUUAUUACUUGUUAUACAAGACCAAGCUGCUAAAUGAAAGGCUGCUGUGUUGUGCAAUGAAAAAUACAGACCUCUGCUUUAUACUGUAUACCCACAAAAUGCACAGACGAUUUUCAUUCUCUGCAACACCUCUAUAGUUAUCAGGAAGGAGCUGACCCUGAGCAGCAUGAGAACAUCUAGAUCAGUGUUCACCAAAGUGUAACCCUCCGAGCUAUUGCAACACUACAACUUUUAAUUAUUCUCUUUGCAUGAUGGGAGUUGUAGUUUUGCAUCGACUGGCAAGCCACUGAUUGGUUAACACUGAUUUUGGCUGAUGCACCUCUCACUUGUAUAACAUUCUCCUUAGUGCUCGUCUUCAAUUGUGCAGGUUUCUUAAAAAUUAACAAAUAGUAAAUCUGUCUGAGAUAGAUUUCUCAUCUCUUUUAUGUUAGACCAAACCAAAGAAACCUCUGGCCAUACUUUAAAUGCUGCUCCUUAAAGCCUUUUCGUUCUAUCAAACAAUCCUGCAGGAUUAUAAUGUGUUAAUUUUUUUUUUUUUUUUUUUUUUUUAAUUUUUUGUACAGUUUCUAACAGAUUUCUUUUUUCUAGUGAUGUUAAAGUGAAUCAAGUUUAUUUGAGGAGACUGGAAAAAUGCAUCCUCUGAAUAAAUAAACUGAUGACUUUUUUUUUUCCCUGUUCAUUCUUUUGUCUAAGGAGCCCUUCUUUUGUGCCUCUGAGAAUUAAAGGGUUCCAUGUUACAUUCAUUCUUAAGACCAGCAAAGAUUCUUUCUAAGAUUCUUUUUUUUUCUUUUUUUUUUUCGUUCCUUUUCUUUUUUUAUAUUACUGUUCCGGGAAAAAAAAAUUGUAAAAAAAAAACAAAAAAAAAAAGUUAUAUAUAAAUAUAAAUACUUUGCGCUGGACCCAGUAACUAAGCUGGUUUAAAAACGCACUGAGAAAAUGAACUUAUGUUUGAAACUUUUGUAUAAAACAUACAAUGACUGUUUUUGUAUAUCAAAGUUGAUUCUUUUUUCAGAAAUUUUUUGGGAUCUAGUUUCUAAGUUCAGUGUUUUUAUAUGUUACAGAAUAAAUUGCUUUGUCUAUAUCACCAGCUUGAUGUCAAUGCAUUGGUGAUCACCUUCACAGCUAAAGAUCCUCCGAAUGCAUUGUAGAGCAAUGUCUUGUGGGCUUCUUCAGCUACGAAGGACCUAUAUAAAAUGGGCCAUGUGGCUGCCUGGCGUAGCUGCGCCCCCAUAAUUUCUCUACUUAUUAACUUGAUUACAAAAUACAAUAAUGACAUCACAGAUUACAUGCCCCUCUCCUUUACAUUAUACUAGAUCCUUCCCUCCACAUAUAGUUGCUAUUAGUGUGAAACUGUUAUAAUGGGCAUUUUAUUAUGAUAGGUAAGGUUAAAAAAAGGUAAAAAUGGAGAAAAAGGCAAAAAAAAUCUAUAUAUAGAAGGUUAUUUGUGGGUCUGUGAGCUAUGGCUGUGGAAAGAUAUUGUAGUAGUUUUAACACUAUUGUUACCUUUUAAAUUACCCAAAUAAAAUAUGGAAAAAGACUA